AUGCGUUACUUCUUCAUGACCUGGGGCUUCUCCCUCUACAAAUCGUCUUCCAAAAUCUGUUCUUCUAGCAUUUUAUUUGGGGAGCCAGUUGUCUGGGGUGUUACACCUGACUGCGUGCAACCCAGUCCGACUUUGGCGAUAGAUGUUUAUAUUCAGAACAGCACCACAAAGAAAGGGAGGAGGCAGGACAGAGUCAUCAAUCUAGUUGUUGGCGGCUUAACGUCCUUGCUGCUUGUAGUCACUCUCAUCAGUGCUUUUGUCUUCCCGCAACUACCUCCAAAACCUGUGAAUAUAUUUUUUGCUUUCUGCAUCUCCUUGUGUUGCAUUUCUGCUGGCAUACUUAUCUACUGGUAUCGACAAGGAGACCUGGAACCUAAAUUUAGGAACCUAAUUUACUAUAUUUUAUUUUCUAUCGUCAUGUUAUGUAUAUGUGCCAACCUGUACUUCCAUGAAGUGGGUAAAUGAUGGACAUUGGGAAUACCCAGCGAUGAUGCUACUGUGUCAGACUGCUUUCAGCUCAGCCCGAGACAUCUAAGUGAGGACAAUCAGCCCGAGAGGAAAGGAGUGGGUUGUGCAAGGAUAAAUCAGUACAUGAUUUUCA